CUCUCUCUCUCUCUCUCUCUCUCUCUCUCUCUCUGUGUUCUGGUUUGUGGGUUUCGAAUUUACAAGACUCCGUUAUCGAUGGGUGGCUCUGUGAAAGAUGUGCAAUCGAAGAAGGAGCUUGAUAGCGCGGUUCACAGUGGUGCACCCGUUAUUCUGCACUUCUGGGCCUCGUGGUGUGAGGCUUCGAAGCACAUGGACGAGGUCUUUGCCCACCUCUCUACUGAUUUCCCUCACGCCCAUUUCUUAAGGGUUGAAGCUGAAGAACAGCCUGAGAUAUCUGAGGCUUAUUCGGUUUCUGCUGUGCCCUACUUUGCCUUUGUGAAGGAUGGAAAGGUCGCAUAUACAUUAGAAGGUGCAGAUCCAUCUAGUUUGGCCAAUAAGGUCGCUAGGAUUGCUGGGUCCGUUAGGCCUGGAGAACCUGCUGCUCCCGCAAGCCUUGGGAUGGCUGCUGGACCUACUAUACUUGAAACAGUCCAAGCGUUGGCAAAAGAAAAUGGAUCUUCCCAGGUGCAGAUUCAAGUACAAAAUGGCCCUGCUGAUGCUUUGAAAAGGCGGCUGCAACAGCUGAUUGAGUCUAAUCCGGUCAUGCUUUUCAUGAAAGGAAGCCCUGAGGAGCCCAAAUGUGGAUUUAGCCAAAAAGUUGUUGACAUUUUGAAGGAGGAGAAAGUCAAAUUUGGAAGUUUUGAUAUUCUUUUGGACAAUGAAGUCAGAGAGGGGUUAAAGAAGUAUUCUAACUGGCCAACAUUUCCACAGCUUUAUUGCAAAGGGGAGCUUCUUGGUGGGUGUGACAUAGCAAUUUCGAUGCAUGAGAGUGGUGAAUUAGAGGAAGUUUUCAGAGACCAUGGAAUUGUUACUACUGAUUCUGCUGGGGCAAAAGUAACUGAAGCUGGAAGUGGAAAGGGCGGAAUCUCAGCAUCUACUGGUUUGAGUGAAACUCUAACCUCCCGACUCGAAAGCCUGAUUCAUUCAAGCCCUGUUAUGCUGUUUAUGAAGGGAAAACCAGAUGAACCCAAGUGUGGUUUUAGCCGGAAGGUGGUUGAUAUCCUUGUGCAAGAAAAGGUGGAAUUUGAGAGUUUUGAUAUUCUCUCUGACGAAGAAGUCCGUCAAGGGCUCAAAGUUUAUUCAAACUGGUCCAGCUAUCCUCAACUAUACAUUAAAGGUGAACUAAUUGGCGGGUCAGAUAUUGUAUUGGAGAUGCAAAAGAGUGGGGAACUUAAGAAGGUUUUGGCAGAGAAAGGGAUUGUCCCGAAAGAUACUCUUGAAGAUCGUUUAAGGAAAUUGAUUACUUCUUCACCAGUGAUGGUCUUCAUCAAGGGUACACCAGAUGCUCCCAGAUGUGGUUUUAGUUCCAAAGUCAUCAAUGCCCUUAGAGAAGAGGGUGUGAGUUUUGGUUCCUUUGAUAUUUUAAGUGAUGAGGAUGUGAGGCAGGGGCUUAAAGUCUUCUCGAACUGGCCAACCUUUCCUCAGCUUUAUUACAAAGGUGAGCUGAUAGGAGGUUGCGAUAUCGUAAUGGAGCUGAAAAACAAUGGAGAGCUUAAAUCUACCCUGACAGAGUGAAACAUAGCCUAGUUUUAUCAAAUAAUCCCAGACAAGAGUUGAAUUUGUAUUCUGAUGUGAAGUGUCUGCUGGCAUUAUACACAUUCCAAAGUUUGCUUUAGAUGCCUUCUUGUUAUAACCUUUCGAAUGUUUUGUUGUGUAAUCAAUGAUUGCAAGCUUGGGAUUAGUUAUCAAUUCUAAGCGGGAUCAUGAAGUUUGGCAGUUCUUGCUUGGUUUUAGUAUCUAAUAGUCGUAUGUUGCCAUUAACCCAUAGAGAAAUGAAAGUUGCAUGUCUCACAUUUUCCAAU